CUCACGUCACACUAUCAGCACUAGCUAGCUGCGGAGGGAAACUGCUAGUUUCGUUUCAUCUUCUAAAACAAAACUUCUUCACUAAAUUAGUGACAAUGUCGGAAUCUUUGCAUCGCUGGUGCGUGGAGCAGUUAAACAGCCAGUUUGGCUUGGAAGCCAGUGAUGACAUUGUUCAGUACAUCCUGUCCAUCAGUAAUGUGGAUGAGGUUGUGGAGUAUGUUGGUGAUCUUCUGCAGGGAACUGAAGGGAAGAAGAAGGAGUUUCUUGACGAGUUGCUGGAGAGAUUGCGACGCUGUAAGAAACAGCAGGACAGAGAGCCAGAAGUGAUCCUCAUGAGAACAGAGGGUCCAGACACAACAAAAGACACGCAGAAGAAAAAACGGAAAGGACGGAACAAACAAGAAGUGGUCUCGAUCAGUCAGCCUGAGCCCGAGCCGGAGAUUGUAAGAACUCCCAUUGACCUGAUGAAGGCACAAGAGAACAGCAGCAGCUCUUCCGCCACUAAGAAGAAGAACAAAUUUGUGAAUUUAUAUGCCAAAGAGGGUCAGGAUAGACUUGCUGUGCUGCUGCCUGGACGCCAUUCCUGCGACUGCUUAGCUCAGAAGCACAAACUGAUUAACAACUGCCUGACCUGUGGUCGGAUCGUGUGCGAGCAGGAAGGCUCUGGCCCGUGUUUCUUCUGUGGCAGUCUGGUAUGUACUACAGAAGAGCAAGAGAUUUUGCAGCGGGACUCGAACAAAAGUCAGAAACUCCGUAAGAAACUCAUGGGAGAUCACAUCGUAUCUGAGGGAGAUAAAGACUACCUGCCCCACCAGGAGGCCAGGAUGAAGGCAGGCUUGGAGAAAGCCAUUCAGCACAAAGAUAAACUGCUGGAGUUUGACAAGAACAGCGUUCGCCGAACUCAGGUGUUGGACGACGAGUCCGAUUAUUUCGCCGCCGACUCCAACCAGUGGCUGUCCCCAGUGGAGCGAGCGACGCUGCGCAAGCGGGAGGAGGAGCUUCGGGAGCUUCGCCACGUCUCCCGCAAAGACCGCAAGAUCACGCUUGACUUCGCUGGUAGACGAGUUCUUGAGGAAGGAGAAAACCUGACUCAGUAUUAUAACAAGUAUGAUGAGACCGUCAAGGCCAUCAACACCGGGACUCUCAUCCAAACCCCGAAGAGCUCGGCUCCAGCUGGCCGUCAAUACCUCAGGGAGCUCGUCAACCCAAAUAUUCAGCAGGCUGCACCUCAGUGGGUGGAUGUAGGUGGUGGCGAUAUCUCUCACAAGUCUAAGUCGCAGGGCACUGAGCAGAAAGCAGAGCGCUCCAGACUGAGGAUUCAGGACCGGGAGUUGCAGGAAAUGGUGGACGGAGGCUGGUGUCUCAGCAUGCACCAGCCCUGGGCCUCACUCCUUACCUGCGGCAUAAAGAGAGUGGAGGGCAGGACCUGGUACUCCUCACACAGAGGACGUCUGUGGAUCGCCGCUGCAGCCAAAAGGCCCACGCCUCAGGAGAUUGCGCAGGUAGAGGGCAUGUAUCGCCAGAUCUAUAAACAAGAUCCGCACUUUCCUAAAGACUAUCCUACAGGCUGCCUGCUCGGCUGUGUCAACAUGACGGACUGCCUCUCCCAGGAGCAGUUCAGGGAGCAGUAUCCUCACAACAGCGACGAGUCCGCCUCUCCAUUCGUCUUCAUUUGCACCAACCCCCAGGAGCUGCUGGUGAAAUUCCCCAUGAAAGGGAAACACAAGAUCUGGAAGUUGGAGAGUCAGAUUCACCAAAGUGCCAAGAGGGGGUUAAUGCAGCCGGCCUGACCUCGACAAAGCCACGCCGGGCCACGCGGACCCGAGCUUCCAGCCAAUAGAAGAGCAGAGCUGGCCGUGUCACACUACAGUGCCAUUCGUCAAGGGACACUGUUACCCACGGGACAAAGUGACACUCAUAAAUCUCUAAGCAGAAAACUACACUCUGUGAACUAUGCUGUGUUUUCUCUCAGAAAAUCUUGGCUUGACUUAUUUAAAAAAAAAAAAAAAGUCGAUUAAAAUGAACUGAAAUCAUUGCUCAUUUUGUUGCAAUUAUUUACACCACAAAAUACAAAAUAUUCCGGUGGGUGGAGCGAAUGUGAGCCGCUCGGCUGAGCAUGGAAUGUCCUGCUUAGCAAAGAGCCGAUUGUGCUGCAGAGCCGUAUCGGAGCUGCCCUUCUCAUUCGGACCACAAUGGCUGUCACAGGCAGAAACACUUUGGGCUUUUUUCCCCUCUCCGCUCUCCUUAAAGUGAUUGAGGAGCCACUUCGUGACACGAGCACCUCGGCACCAGAAAGAGCAAACAACUGUGCCAAACGACUCGCCUUAAUGGCAGCCUUCAAGAAGGGAACAAUGGCACAAAAGCACAAGCUGUGAGGGUUUUUUUUUCCCUUAAACCACAAUUAUCCAAAAAUUAAGGGUUGGCUCAUGUGCUGUAUUAACUCUGAACAUAACUGCACUGUGUGAUGUGAAGUCACAACACUGAGUACUUUAAUACAUUUCACUUCA